AUGACGACGACGACGGAACAUAUCGAUCGCAAGUCCCUCUACACGAGCCUUGAGGCGCGUAUCGAUUACCUCCAUCGCUUCUUAGACUUUAACGAUUCUGAUGUUGCUGCUCUCGCCUUCGGCUCCAAGUUCGUCAAGGACAUUAUACCUGCUGUCGUACAUAUCGUCUACAGGAAGCUCCUUCAGUUCGAUAUCACAGCCCGCGCCUUUGAAAUCAGGGACACCCGAUCCGAGGAGCCUCUUCAAACGAUAUUAGAGGAUGGAAGCCCCGAGCUUCAACGACGCAAGACCUUCCUCAACUCCUACCUUCACAAAAUCUGCUCCGAUCAGUCCCAAUUGGCUUUCUGGCAGUGGCUUGAUCAGGUCGGCGCCAUGCACGUCGGCCUACGAAGGAAGAACCCCCUUCACGUCGAAUACAUCCACAUCAGCGCCACGCUCUGCCUCAUCCAGUCCGUCCUCGUCGAGGGCAUCCUCUCCCACCAUGGAUUCCCCAUGUCCAAGAGGAUAGCCAUGGUCAAGGCCAUCAACAAGGUGAUCUGGAUCCAGAACGACCUCUUCGCCAAGUGGUACGUCCGUGACGGCGAGGAGUUCUCCGAGGAGGCCGCCGAGUCGGCUGCCACCACCGUCGAGAAGCUCAACAGCAGCAGCCAGCCCAACUUGAAGCAGCACGCGCCUUCCACCGCGGCGCCGGCCUGCCCGUUUACCGGAAUGGCAAAGGCUAUGAAGGAACUUUCGGUUGGUGAGGGGGCGCAUUAA